AUGUCAAGUUUGGAUAGUUACUCAAAAAGCUAUGACGAUCUUCUGGUACAUCAACUAAUGCUUCAAGAUGUGGAAAGAGUUGAAGCAUAUAAAAGAUCUUUUGAAGAGAAUAAAGAACUGUUUAGAGGAAAAAUCGUUUUGGAUGUAGGAUGUGGAACAGGAAUUUUAUCUAUGCUUGCAGCAAAAUGCGGAGCUGAAACAGUAUUCGCUGUGGACGGGAGCAAUAUAUCACUACUAGCAAAAAAAAUUGUUGAGGACAACGACUUAUCAAAGGUAGUGCAAAUCAUUCAUGGGACUAUAGAAGAAAUUGAGCUCCCCGUUAGUCAAGUUGAUAUCAUUAUUUCUGAAUGGAUGGGUUUCUAUUUGUUACACGAAGGAAUGCUUGACAGUGUAAUUUUUGCUAGAGAUAAAUGGCUAAAUCCCAAAACCGGUCUUAUUUUUCCUAGAAAAGCGUCUUUGUACGUAUCAUUAGUAGAAAUCGAAGAUUUCUGGGAUAAAAAUAUUGAAGGAAUCAAUAAUAUCCAAGGAUUUGAUUAUACUUCAAUGGGAAAAAUAAUACGCUCUAGUUAUAUGAAGUCGCCUUUAAUACUUGGUGUAGAAUCAAAAAAUGUUGAAAAUUUUUCCUAUGAACAGAUAUUUAAUGUGGAUCUUCUGAAAAUUAAAACUGUCAGCGAACUUGACAAUAUUGAAUCAUAUUUUACUCUUCAAGUGAAAAAAAAUACAGAUUUUGUUCAUGGAUUUAUAGUGUGGUUUGAUGUAGAAUUCCCUUCUUACCGUUCCGAUGCUGUUGUGUUGUCCACAUCUCCUUAUAAUAAACCUACGCAUUGGAAGCAAACUAUAAUAUUAUUUCAAGAUUGCAUGGAAGCAAAGGCAGGGCUUAAAAUAAAGUGUUUCGCGAAACUCGAGAGGUGCACUAGUGAAGAUAAAAGGUGUUAUACUAUUUCUAUCGAAGUACAAGAUGCAAGUUUCGAAUAG